CCUGCAGAAGCCAAUCAGUCCAGAAGAUAUUGAGAGAAAACGAGAGAGAGAGUGAGAGAGAGAGAGAGAGAGAGAGACAGAGACAGAGAGAAAGAAAGAGAGAGGGAAGACAGCAAGUGUCCACAGAGUACAACAUUCGCUCUCAAGCCUGUUGUUUACCUGCAUUAAGUAAACCCCAGCAGCAGAUUUCAGACUUUAAUCCCCACUCAUUUUAGGAUGGAUUGCUGUACUGCCAAUAAGGAAGAAACCUGCACAAAACAUGAGGAAGAAGAUAUUCUCGAUAUCCCACUCGACGACGAGGAGGCAAAUGCAGCUGCUGCCAAAAUCCAGGCAAGCUUCCGCGGCCACAUGACCCGGAAGAAGCUGAAGGGGGGCGAGAAGGAAGAGUCUGAGCAGAAGGUAGACGGCACGUUGGAGUGUGAAGGGGACGCUUCUGCAGAAGCACCUGAGGGAGCCGGCAACUCGGGAGCAGCUGAAAAGGGAGGGGAUGAAAGUGGAGGAGAAGUGAAAGAAGAGGCUGCCAUCAAUGGGGGCCAAUCAGAAUCAGCUCCUGAAGAUGGAGGGAAAGCACCUGAAGAGGUAGAAGGCGAAGCAGAGGCAGCAGCUCCUGAGCAGUGAGGGUCUGCAGCCAGAGUGACGCAAUUUGUCAAAAUAUCCAGCAGCCGAGGAACAAUAUUGUGCAGGAUUAAUUUAAUGAGGUCACUCCAGUUUGUACCCUUUGCAAAAACAUUCCUGCUUUAUUUUGGAUUAUGUUGUACAUUUCCACCUGUCAGCAAACCCACUGGUCCCAUGUCCCUCUCUUUCCCAUCUCUUCACUUCCUCCUUUACUCUUGCUCUCACAAUCUUUGCAAUUUGCUUUUCUCUCCUUCCUCUCAAAGGAAAAUUACUCCAUUGUCACUUGAUUCUGAAUCUAUAAAGUUAACAUCUGAAUGUUGGAACUAUUAACCAAAUGGUUCUGAUAUUUUAUUAUCAGAUCCAUCACAUAUUGAAGCUUGAUAGACUACCAUUAUGAUUGGAUUUGGUUAAUUCUCAGAUGAUGAUAAUGAUUAUUAAUGUUUCAGUAUUCAGCAGUAACAAGCUUUACCCUUGAUACCAUAGGGAUUCUGGCUCCCAUCAAUCAGAACCUCACAUCAAUUAUGGGUCUGAUUGGCAGGUGGAAAUUUUAGUGAUUACAUCAUAAAUUUUUCUCUCUAACCUGUGUUUAGAUGAGUUACUAAUUUUUUUUUAAACAAAAGUCAAGUUUGAUUACAAUAGAGCAACAGAAAUGAGUAUAGAUGCAUGCUGCAUGAAUUGGAACUUUGUGUACACAGGGUAAUGAGCUGCCUCAGUGCUUGAAAGACACAGAAGCUUAUCUGUCUGGUCUUUAGAAAUGUGGAUUUGUUUGCCCUUCAUUCCCUUCACCCAUCCCAGCAGAACAGAUUUUAAAUUCUAUUGCCUCUGACUUAUUUUGAGAGUUCCAACAAGAUGAAGAUUUAGCUGUGACAGUUCAUAUGACAUGCAAAGAAAGAUAUGACUUUUUAAAGUAAUAAAUGGUCAAGCCAGCCAUCUUGAAAUUUCCUUCCUAUUCCGUAUUAGUUUUGUUUUAUUCUUCCAUGCCUGCGAGCAUGCUUACCUGAAUAAAUAGAAGCAAGCCUCUGUGGCUGAAGAAGGUUUUUGGCACUGGGAAAGCCUUCUGCCAUUUGAUGUUUGUGUUGGGAAACUGCAGUGCUUUGAGGUGAGGUAAUGAUGUAAUAAAACACUGGGAACUCACAGGGUUUUGGAAGUUUGUUGCAAAUGGUCCAGUCAUUUGCUUCUGAGAAAUUCAAAAGUUGAAGCCAGUGAAGGUCCAUCCGAAGGUCAAAAGUCCAUCAGAAUAAUUGGCCAUUUGCCCAGUCGUUCAAAAAGAUUUCCAGCACACUCCUCAUAUUUUCUUUUUCACACAUUGACUGAUACAUUAAGAUAUUUCAUUUUGUUUGGUUUCACGGGUAUUUAUUUCAUGGAAUUUGUAAGGAAAAGGAGAGAAAGUUGAAGAUUGAAUCAUCCUCUGUCUGUUCAGGGUGAUGUGAUUUCUUCUGUCCUUCCCUCAUUUGGAAGGGCCGCUAGGACCAGUGAUUUUGCACCUUGCAAUCUUUUGUUUAAAUAGGAUGCCAACAAUGUGGGAAGAGGCCAUUUGGCCCAUUGAAUUCACAAUGACCUUCUGAAGAGCAUCACACCAAUACCCCCCUACCCUGUACCCGUUACCUUACAUUUCCUAUUGCUAUUCUAUUGCUAAUCCACCUAGCCUGCAUGUCCCUGGACACUUUGGGCAAUUUAGUAUGGCCAGUGCACCUAACCUACACAUUUUUGGUCUGUGGGAGGAAACCCACUCAAACAAAGGGAAUAUCAAAGCUCCACAUGAACCCAAGGCUGAAAUCAAACUCAGAUCCUUGGCAUUGUGAGUCAGCAGUGCUAACCACUGAGUUGCCUUGCCACCCUUCUUCCCUCCUUGAAUUCAGCAAAAGAUAGAAGAUUAAGCCCAACAUACUUAUUGGCUUUUAUUUGUUGAAGUUUCAUCUUGCACUGGCACAAAACUUUCAGUUGCUCAAAAGGUCUGUGACUUUUUGAGGUAACAAUACAGAUACUUAGUAAUGUUUGAACAAAUAGCAUCAACUUACUACUACAAUCUCAUUCAGGUGGACCCAAAAAGGUGUAAACAUGGCCCUAAUAGUGACCUUAGUCAUAAGUGCUCAUUAAAUAGCCAAUCCAGUUGGAAACUUCAAAAUAUCUUCCUCCUAAUUCUGUGUCAGUCAAAGACUGCUCUGGGAAAAGGGGGUCCAUGUAUAACUGAGUGCACAGAAUAAUACACUCAACAAAAUUGAUAAUGAUCACUGGCUGUCUGUCACAUACAAUUUCAUUUUCUAGUUAAGUCAAUGGAGAAUAAUGCUGGGUGGGUUGGAAUGCCACUGUUUCCUGCAAUCCGCUGGGGAAGUUAAGAUGGUCUUCCUUGUCUUUAUACCCUGCUCUACAGUAAUGUCCACUGUGCUCCAUAUCAUCCCUUAUAGUUUCACACCAUGCGUGCAGGGUUGACUUCAUGCCAAAAGAUUCAAUUGUUUGCCAGAUUACUCUUAUUGUGUUUUUGUUUUGCUUUCUGUUGAUACAUUUGGCGAGUUUUCUUUCAAGGUCAGAUUUCUCCUUGAUCUUGGGUAAAAGGACAGAAGAAAGGUUCAAAAGAAAUGAAGUAUUUGAAUUGUCUUAGUCACAAUAACUGCAACUGGGGUUUAUGGUUAGGCUUAGUCACUUUAGGCAGCAUAUACUGUGUUCAUGAGUAUAGAUUGUAUUUUUCUUUAUGUGUGUGUGCUAGCUUGGACAUGUAUGUACGUGCUCAUAUUUGACUACACUUACAGCACAGAUAGAUGCCAUUCAGUAAGGACAUCAACAACAACAACUAUAAUUUAGAUAGCAACAUAUAUGUAAUAAACAUUGCAAGAUACUGCUGAAAUGUCAAAGAAAUAAAACCUGAAAAUGAACCACAUAUGGAAUGAUUAAAUCUUUGUCUCGGAGGGAGGCUACAGAGAGUGCCUCAAACAAGUAAAGAGAAGUACAGACAUAGAGGAUUUGGGGAGGGACAUUCAGAGGGUCAAGUCAGUUGACAGCACAACUGCUAAUGGUGGCACCAGUUAAAUCAGGGAUGCCCAAGAGGCAUGGAUAUCUCAGAGGGUUACAACAGCAGAGUGCAGAAAUAUGAAACUAAAAGCUUUGAAUUUCUUGAAAUAUUCAACUGGUUGUGACAGCCUUUAUACGUAAAAAAAACAAUAAAUAAUCCUUGGUUGACAACAAAAGUAACAGUACAGAAGUGGGAAUAGAAGCAAUUUCAGGUAAUUCUAUAGCUUUGAUUGUAUGGAUAAGAUUAGAACAGGCAAAGGCAAAGCUUUACCACAGGAUGGCUGAAGACAGAAAUUGCACGAUGCUGUUGUGGUUAUCUGUGUUGAAGGCUGCAGGCAGGUCAAGGAAGAUGAGUAAAAUUUUGUUAGGAUAACAGCUACAAAAAUAUGCCCUUUUACUUCUUUACAUGACAAUUUGAUCAUGUGUUGGUGCUGUCAACCUGAUUAGAGGAUUGAAAUUGCAGCAUUAAUGGAUGCUGAAUGGGAGCUGUCAAUAUGUUCAAGGACUUUGCACAGGAGAUGGAGAAUAGAGAUGAAAGGUUGUUGUGCAAAGAUGGGAGCUUCCAGAGUUAGUUUCUUGUGGAAAAGCAUGAUGAUGGCAGACAUGAAGUGCAUGAAACAUUAUUGGAGGACAGAGAAGCAAACACGGCAUCAGCUAAAAUGGGCUCCAGGAAGGGAAGUUGGGUGAUCAGCAGUUUUGGUGGAAUAGAAUCUAGGUGUAGAGCAAGGUAGGACAUAGGAUCAAAUUCAGAGAAAAUGAAAGUUCAAUGCUAAAUCAGUGGGGUGCAUUAAGGAAGAUCUUUGGGAAGGGAGGAAAACAUCAGAGUCAGAUGAAUGGGUGUUAAUGAAUUUUGAGACAAAUAAAUUUGAGGAGUUCAUUUCACUAGAAGGUGAGGAUGGAGAGUUUAGGGCCUAGUGGUUUAUGAAGAUGGUUUGUGUUGGAAACGAGAUCUUUGAAUAUUAUGCAAUUUUGGUGAUUCAGAACUGGAUGUGAUCAGUGUUUUAUGUGGCUCAGUCAAAUUAGUAGAUGAAUGAUUAAAUCAAUCAUCUACCAAAGGUGUUCAAAUUUGCAUGAUUGGCCUUAAGGAAGAAGAGAUGAGCAGACUAUUGGAGGAAUAUAAGAAUGAAAGAGUAAUUGUUUUAAUAGGGACUAGUGUAUCAAAGUAAUGGAGGAGAGAGAGACAUUUAGCAACUCAGUAACAUCAAGCUGAUGGGAUAGCCGUCCCUUGUUCAGAAUUAAGUAUAGAUUCUGGAUGGAAAUACAGAAAGCAGACAGUGAAUCUAUAAUUAGGGUCCAAAGGAUUAGAACCAGGAACAAUGAGAGGGGAGGGAAGGAUAUUAGAAAGAUUAGCCCCAGCAAGAAAGGACAACUUGUGAUGAUGUUGACGUAACAAAUGUGUCUCUUCCUGCUGUAGUCCAUUGACCUUUAUCUGCAUUUCCUUCUGUUCUUUUCUCCCUCAUAUAAUUAGCUUGCUUCCCCUUAAAAGCAUCUGUGCUAUUCACCAUAGCUAGAAUCCACGGUAGUGAAUUUCAAGUCCUAACAGAGGAAGGAUUGGCAGCACAAAACAAAUUGGAACUGCUUCAGUUAUUAUGAGAGUUAUCACAUUGCCAUUACAGCGUGUCUUCUUCACACUCUGUUACCUCAUGGUUCACGUGUCCUCCAGAUCAUUGAGCCCAACUUAGCACCAAUGCAUUGCAUCUUAAAUACCCCCGGCAUUCUUGCAUUUACAUGCACACAUAUGCUUUCUUUCACAUGCAUCUGUAUGUACGUGUGCAUGUAUGCAUCUCUUCCCAAGCAUCAGGCAUUGAUAGAAAUCUCUCAUUAAAAGUUGUGGUAAUUAUGGAGUUUAUUGGCACUGUGCAGUUUAUUCUUAAUUAGACAUGCCAGUCUUGCCCUGUCUGAGUGUAUCUGGGAAAUUAACUCAUUUGCUUACUUGCUGUUUAUUUGCAUGUGAUUUAUCCAGAAUACUUAACAAUUAAUUGUUCCUUUCAAGUCUGUUUAUUUCACAAAAAAUAAAAAAAAUCAAAGUUUCAGAAA